AACCCAACAGAAGCGAGCAGAGCUCAGCUCACUCGUUGGCUGCUGGUUGCGAUGGCCGGCUGCGGAGGGAAGAACGGCGCCGGUAGCCUGUACGCCGCGCUCGGCGUCUCCAGCGACUGCUCCGACGCCGAGCUGCGCAGCGCCUACCGGAAGCUCGCCAUGAAAUGGCACCCGGACAAGUGCGCCGCCGCGGGUAGCUCCGGCUCCGGGGCCGUGGAGGCCGCCAAGGCAAGGUUCCAGAAGAUCCAGGGAGCCUACGCAGUUCUCUCGGACCCCAACAAGCGGAUCCUCUACGACGUCGGAGCCUACGACAGCGACGGCGACGAUGACGGUGCAGGAGACAUACUGGGAGACAUUUUGGAGGCGAUGAACAAGACCCCACACGAGAAGGGCGAGGGCGAGAGCUUGGAGGAUCUGCAGAUGCAGUUCGAGGAGCUUUUCCUCAGACCGGACGCCUAUGCGCGGGGAUCGUCGUCGUCAUCGCCUUCCUUCCGCUCCGGGGUAGAUGAGGCCGGCAAAACGUCCAAGACAAGGGGUGGAAGGAAGUAGACAGGCCGCCAUGGACGUACGUACGUCCGUCCUACCUGGAGAAGAUAAAAUGCAAGACGUCGCCAAUUCAUCCGUCGGAAUUUCAGAACGUGUGCCUACACUCUCGCAUGUGCACGACCGGUGCCAUGACCCACGAGCCCAGAUACUAUUAGUUAAAGUUGGCGAGACCUAGAACUGUUUCGGUAAGCCAUGACGUGCAAAUAUUCCACGGGAGAACCUAAAAAACGAAGCUGUCCUCAUGCUCCAGAAGCUAUAAUUCAGAGCUGAAUGUUCACCUAGUAGCAUAGCCUAGUUUUGAAUUGUUAGCAUAGCCUAGUCACUAAGAAUUAAGCGCCAUCCACUCAACGCAUGCAACUUACCAUCUUGCGAUUUGUA